GUGGUGAAUGAGGAAAGAGGGGAGGGAGAGGACGAGACAGCGGUGAAGAACGAGAGAAAAAGGGGGGGAGGGAGUGACAGAGAAGCGGAACGACAGAAAGAAGAAAAGGGGUAGCUGCCUCUGGAGGAAAUAAUUGUGAGGGGGCCCUGAUAGCGGGAGGAAGCUAACAGCGGUUCUAUAUGGCUCAGUCGGCUGCUAACGGUGUGGACCAGGAUCUGGCCAGCAAGAGGCUGCACUCAAGGAUGGAGGCUUCUUGCUUGGAGUUGGCCUUGGAAGGAGAGCGGCUGUGCAAGGCUGGGGACUUUAAAGGAGGGACAGCAUUUUUUGAGGCAGCUGUGCAAGUCGGUACAGAAGACCUGAAGACCCUUAGUGCCAUCUACAGCCAGCUGGGCAAUGCCUACUUCUACCUCAAAGAGUAUGGCAAAGCCCUGGAAUACCACAGACAUGACCUUACUUUGGCCAGAACAAUAGGAGACAGAAUCGGAGAAGGAAAAGCCAGUGGCAACCUUGGGAACACAUUAAAAGUGUUGGGGCGCUUUGAUGAGGCUGUCGUGUGCUGUCAAAGACACCUGGAUAUUUCCCAAGAACAGGGAGACAAGGUUGGAGAGGCCAGAGCACUGUAUAACAUAGGGAACGUGUUUCACGCGAAGGGCAAACAGCAGUUAUGGGGCUGCACCCAGGAGCCAGGGGACCUGCCUCCUGAUGUCAGAGACACACUGCAAAGGGCUACCGGCUUUUAUGAGAUGAACUUGUGUUUGGUCAAAGAACUUGGAGACAGAGCGGCUCAAGGGAGGGCCUAUGGGAACCUGGGCAACACCCACUAUCUGCUGGGAAACUUUGUCGAGGCUAUCAAGUUCCACCGUCAGCGAUUAUCCAUAGCCAAAGAAUUUGGGGACAAAGCGGCGGAACGGCGAGCCUACAGUAACCUUGGCAAUGCUCUGAUCUUCCUGGGACAGUUUAACACAGCCACUGAAUAUUACAGGAAAACUUUGCAGCUGUCCAGACAGUUGAGGGACCAGGUGAUGGAGGCUCAGGCCUGCUACAGUCUUGGAAACACCUACACCCUUUUGCAGCAGUAUGAGAGGGCCAUAGACUACCACCUGAAACACCUGUACAUAGCCCAGGAGCUGACUGAUAGAGUUGGUGAGGGCCGGGCCUGCUGGAGUUUGGGAAAUGCAUAUGUGUCUUUACAGAACCACAAACAAGCUCUGCACUAUGCCCGAAAACACCUGGAUAUCUCUAAAGAAAUUGGAGACAGAAAUGGGGAACUGACGGCCAGAAUGAACGUGGAGCAACUGAUGGAGGCUCUGGGGGUCAAUGAGAGCGACCUUUCACCCUCCAGUUCAGAGUUUGAGAUGCAAGGAGCAAGACCCAAGUUCACCAAGAGAAACAGCAUGGACAGUGUAGAACUGUGGAAAUACUCUUCAGAUAAGAACGGUGAGAACCAAGACCUGGAAAGUAUACCCAGGAGAUCCAAGAGUCAGCUGUCACAGCCGGGCAAAAGAAAAGGCUAUCCUGACAGCCAGUCGUCAGAUGAAAGGCCGUGGCUGGACUCUCCUGUAGACACUGAUGACAUCACUGUGCAAGUCCCGCCUCCAGUGCCACUGGGCCGUGACCCCUCCGAUGAAGACUGCUUCUUUGACCUCCUUAGCAAGUUCCAGAGCAGCCGCAUGGAUGACCAGCGCUGCCAUCUUGAUGAGCCACAGAAUGGAGACAACGGAGAAGGCGCUGCAAACUCCGUGCCAUCCUUGAACGACAUGAUAGAUCCUUCUAUUACCACUUCCCCCCAGACUGAGGAGCUGUUUGAUUUGAUUGCCAGCUCCCAGAGCCGUCGUCUUGAUGACCAGCGGGUUAAUGUUGGUAACCUACCCGGAUUGAGGAUUACUCAUAACAAUCUGGGACACCUGGUGGGUGAGGGGGAUCAUCAAGAACCAAGCGAUGACUUCUUCAACAUGCUAAUUAAGUGCCAGUCCUCUAGGAUUGAUGACCAGCGGUGCUCCCCACCAGAAGCAGGCCCCCACGCCCCCACAGUGCCUGAUGAAGACUUCUUCAGUCUAAUCCAGAGGGUGCAGGCCAAGCGUAUGGACGAGCAACGCGUCCAUCUGCCCUCAGACGACCAGGACGACCCUGAGUCUCCUGAUCCAGAGCCACCUGGUGGUUUUUCCAGCUAGGACUUGGUGAAUAAUGCUGCAUAACUUCAUGUCAAAGAAAAUAAAAAGCAGACGAAAUGAAAGAGGGAUGAGCCAACAUUUAAAGAGCACUGAAGGGUGAACUAACAAGAUUUUUAAUAACAAGACAAAUUCCAUGUGCAAUAGGUGGUGCCCUGUCAAAUGUUGCUCGAUGUAUUAUGUUCUAAAUGUGUGUUUAAUAUAAUGGGAAAACAAGCAGAUUUUAAGCUCGGUGGUGUUGGGAAGUUUGUGGUAACAUGAAACAAACAUGAAAUAUCUAAUGCCUUAAUCAGCAUUUUUUUUUCAGACACAAGAUUGUAUUCCCUGGUGUCAGAUGUGUUCUGUAGCAGCACAUGAUGGGCAUACAGUGUAAUAUGGACGAUUAAUGUGGAGACCUACAGCAUGAGUCGUGGGAAUCGCAAAGAUUUAAUUAUGGUAAGAAUGUUGAGAACAAGUUUCAUAAAGACAUGAAUGAUGAUGAAUACACCAACUGUCAAACAAGUUGAAUUUUCAACAAAAUAUAUAAAUUCAAGUCGUGUUCAUACUGUUUAAAAGAGGUGGACAUAGCCACCACGACAUCACCAAUAAGUUUGUGGACUACCUUUUUUGAAGCCUUGAGUGCAGAAUUUUGGGUCGCCAUAUUGAAUACUGACUGAGAACCAGAGGACACUAUGCAACACCAAGUCACUGCUGACAAAGUUUGCUUUAACCAAAAACAAGUUCAUAGUAAUUUAAAUAUACACGGUGCCAUAGAUAUGCAUUGCUAUGCAUUUAUCCUGAUUGUGGUAGAGACCUAUCAAUCACAAGGUAGGCACGCCAUAAAACAUAUCCUUUGUUAUUGUUUAUUUAACUCUAAAUGGGACCAUAAUUUACAAAAUGAACUUCAUGCUGGAUUGAAAAAGACUUGAAACUAGCGAUCGACACCAUAAACUCAUCAGGAAAAUGUUUACUGAUGUGAUAAAUCCAGUCAGAAGUAGAUUAAUUUUCUCAUGGACUUCUUUUGCCACCAGUGAAAUCGCCCCCUGCUGGCCAUUAGAGAUAAUGUAGAUUUAAGGCUCUUCGUAUUAGCGUAUUAGCUUCACUUUCCAUACCUGCUGGCGUUGUCCACUUCUUUUAUUCAGUCUAUG